CAUUGUCACUCUGGAAAGACUUAUUUCUGGUAACUUUUACUCGGAAACAAUUGGGAAAUGCAAGGCGGACUGUCGGGGGAGGCGAGCUCUUCGGAGGCGUCUUUAAAUAUGAGGAUGUGGAAGCUGAGGGUCUGCAAGUACGCGAUCUACUUUUUGUGGGUGAUAAACAUCAUCCUAACCUUUGCUGACAUUUAUACGUAUUAUCUCAGGCUCAAGGAGCACAUGGAGUGCUGGAAGUGUUUGUUCAGGUCCUACAUGAUGGUCGCCCUCACCGUAUCUGUUCUGAAGAUUCCGCUGCUGAUCGUGGCCCUACCCCUGGUACAUCUUCAUUUAUCCAGUGAAACUCGCAUUUACGUGACGGUUCUCUUCUUAGCCACUUGGUUGCAGAUGAUGUUGACUUUUUUGCUGGCUCAGGAGUACCAGGCCAUAGCCGAUGUACUUCGCAUAUGGCUGCAGCAUAAAAGUUUGGCGUUCUUUGAAGUCAAUUCUAAAUGCUGCGGCGUGCUGGGUCCCGACGACUACAAGUUUAGCGAAAGGCCCAUCCCCGCAUCCUGCUUCAGGGAUGGCAGUUUCAAGCACCACGAUCUGUACCACGAUGGUUGCUCCACCCGCUCCAUCAGGCCGCGAUUGGUGCCUGUUCUCCAGGUGACCUCGGUGAUAGUCCAGUACGUGUUAGUCAUAGCAAUUGCGAUAUACCUGGUUAUCAUGAUCCGGAACCGGGCCCAUCGUCGCACCCUGUGGUCCGUGCGUCGCACCGAGCUUUUUGGCACUGCUGAGCCUGCGGAAGUGAGAGGUAGUCCUCAGGACUCCAAGCUCAACGUGCUUGAGGGCUACUUCUCAGUUCCGCAUAGGAGUUAAGCAGCACCACAUUCCCUGUGCGAUUGCAUUUUGGAUUCAUUUUACCCCGGGAACGGGUAUUGGCUUUGGCGGGCGAGACAAAUUGGAUGCCUGGCUGCUGGCCAUCGUCAUAUUUCCCGGACUGCAAUCAAUAACGAUAAACACUUGAGUCGCAAAUCCAAUGUCCGGAAUCCCAUCCGGAUGGCAUGCAUAUGGAUGAGCCAAUAAAGAAAUCAACAAAGCAUGUCCGGCGAUUGAAAAAGUAUUGCAAAUGCCGGGACAGCCGGGGAUUCGGGAUUCGGACACGGCAUUGGGCCACAAUCCAAUCCGGACAAUAUGCAAAUGCAGCUAAGCAGAAAAUAUUCAAGGACGAACCAUCCCCAUCCGCUGGAGUUUAUUUUCCCUUCGUGUCCCUCGGCCCGCGCAUAAAUUUUAUUGUUGUCAACAUUAAAUUCAAGUCGUGGAAAACAA